UUGGAGCCCACAGUUGACGCUCAGCUCUUUUUCCUGACAUUCUAUGGCAUUUGGAACUUAGACUUCUUUCGCCUGGUGUACAAACCUUUCUGCCUCCAACCUAACACCAACACUCUCCAAGUCAUUGCUUUGGACUACCUCAUUGCUGUCUAUCCCCUCAUAUUCAUAGCUCUUUCCUACCUCCUACUGUUGCUCUAUGACCGUAAUGUUCGUGUCGUUGUUUGUCUCUUUAAACCAUUUGUGCAUCUCUUCAUCCGGUUUCGCAGACAGUGGAACAUAAGGAACUCACUAGUAGAUGCCUUUGCUACUUCCCUACUUCUCUCCUAUGUCAAAAUCCUCAGCGUGUCCAUGGACCUGCUUUUGCCUGUAGCUUUGUAUCAUCAGAAUGGGUCAAGACUUUCUCAGCUCUACCUCUUCAACCAGGGAGACGUAGCCUACUUUAGCAGCCACCACCUGCCCUAUGCCUGUCUGGCCCUCUUCUUUCUCCUCACCUUCACACUGCUGCCAAUGGCCCUCCUGUUCCUCUACCCCUGCUCCUGUUUCCAGGUCUGUCUCAACCGCACAGGGCUCAGCUGCCAGUCCCUACACAUCUUCAUGGACUCCUUCCAGGGACACUUCAAGAACGGUACAAAUGGAACUUCAGACCUUCGAUUUUUCUCAGGACUCUAUCUCCUUCUGAGAGUUUCAGUGUUUGGAUCUACUGUGUUGACGUAUCAGAUAGCUAGCUGUGCAUACACUGCUGCUUUCCUUUCUAUUAUAGCCAUUACUGUUGCUUUGGUUCAGCCCUACAAGAGGAAAGUUCACAAUGUUAUUGAUGCAGGCUUUCUAACAAUCAUACAGUUGCUGAUUGUAACACUGACUCCUCUUGGAUUUGGCCGGUUUAGCAGAUUGGAACACGGUCUCUCGGUAGUAAAUUGUGUUCUUCUUAUUCUUCCUUUCUUAUACAUCACAAUACUGGCAGUGUGGAAACUUAAGACACUAUGUUGUCUCCCAGCCUGUUGUCUUCAGCUGCAUAAUAGAGUGAAAUCACUCAUCCACAGACAAGAGUACGAUACCUUAUGA